UCCUGACUUGGGACCUUUCACUACGAGCAACGGCGCCGUCAUUUGGUUGACCAAGAACUUAGUCUUAGACAGUUCCUCUCUCAACUACAAGCACGCUUUUCACAACACCGCGCCAUUUAGCGGGCACAUCCGUUUCCGUAUACUGACUUUGCUGGGUGACGAAAGGCCUGAUGGGAUUGUGAAGGACUUGGUUGUUAUGGCUGCCGUUCUGGUUCUGCUGAAUCUCAAAUCUGGACGUACCAAGUAUUUUUAUAUUUGAGGAGAAAAGCCAGCAGCAGCCGUGCCCCGCCGCGCCCCUACCCCCAGCGGAGCGGUCAUGUGGCAGGAAGCCCGCAAACAUGAGCGCAAGCUGCGCGGGAUGAUGGUGGACUACAAGCGCCGUGGCGAACGCCGGCGAGAGUACUACGAGAAAAUAAAAAAGGAUCCAGCCCAGUUCCUGCAGGUUCAUGGCCGGGCCUACAAGAUCCACCUGGACCCUACUGUGGCAUUGGCUGCAGAGAGCCCUGUCAACAUGAUGCCGUGGCAAGGGGAUGCCAAUAACAUGAUCGACAGGUUUGACGUGAGGGCACACCUGGACUACAUUCCCACCUACACGCCCCCCCUCCUGAACACUGUCACGCCAGAGCAGGAGUCGGAGGAGAGGAAGUGUAACUACGAACGCUACAGAGGACUGGUGCAGAACGACUUUGCCAGUAUCUCAGAGGAGCAGUGUCUGUACCAGAUCUAUGUGGACGAGCUCUACGGUGGCCUUCAGAGGCCAAACGAGGAGGAGAAGAAGAAACUCGCUGAAAAGAAGGCCACCAUCGGGUACACAUACGAGGACAGCACAGUGACGGAGCCAGACGGACAUUCUGACAAAGGGGACGACGAUGACUCGGAGAACAGCGAGUCCGAGGAGGACGAGGGUAUCCCCGACAUUGAUGUGGAGGUGGAUGUGGAUGAGCUGAACCAGGAGCAGGUGCAGGAGCUUAACAAGAUGGCAACACCCUACGGAAUGGCUGAAGGAGACUUUGUCAGGAUGCUGCGGAAGGACAAAGAGGAAGUUGAAGCUAUAAAACAUGCCAAGGCCCUGGAGGCAGAGAAAGCUAUGUACUCGGGCCGGCGCUCUCGCAGACAGAGGAGGGAGUUCAGGGAGAAGAGGCUGAAGGGCCGGCAAAUCAGCCCCCCCAGCUAUGCCAGGAGAGACAGCCCAACCUACGACCCAUACAAACGCCCCCAGUCGGAAUCCAGCUCGGAGUCCCGUUCUCGUUCCCGCUCCCCCGGCCACGACAAGAUCACCUUCAUCACCAGCUUUGGGGGCAGCGACGACGAGGGAGCCCCGCCUGCCCCGGCCCCGCCCACGCUCACUCCAGCCACGCCCCCAGCAACUCCCAGCACCACCCCGCAGGUCAUAGCAGGGGCUCCCGGUCGUAACACCCCCCUGUCUCCCUCUCUCUCCAGCAGACGCCGUUCCUCCUCCAGCCCCUCCUCCUCCUCCUCCUCGUCCUCCUCGCGCUCCUCGUCGCGGCGCUCCUCCUCGCGCUCGUCCUCGCGGUCCCGCCGGAGCCGCCGCAGAGGGGGCAGGGACGGGCGCUACUCCCGCUCGCGCUCCCGCUCCCGGCGCUCCGACUCGCGGUCGCGGGGGCGAGGGGGCGGGGGCAGCGGCGGGUCCCGGCGGCGGUACGGCCGGAGCCGCUCCCGCUCUGCGGACCGGGACCGGGGCCGGCGCUAUGCCCCCCGCAGGCGCACCAGGUCUCGCUCUAGCUCGCGGUUGGGUGAUCGCUCCCGGCGCGGGGGUCGCGGCUCUGGUCCACGGAGGGGAGGCAGCAGCAGCCCCAGCCCCUCCCAGUCCCCCCCGCUCAGCCGCUCCCCCUCCCCCGCCCCUAAGCAUGGACCCACCACAGCAGCGGCUCUUUGUGACAAACUGAGAAAGCCUGAUACUCCGGGUGGUAAAGAGACGGGAGCUGCCAAACCCAAGAUGACCCCCCAGGAGAAACUGAAGCUGCGAAUGCAGAAAGCUCUCAACAAGCAAUCCAAGGCGGAUAAGAAAGCUGCCCAGGUGAAGAUCCAACAGGCUGAGCACAAGCGACAGGAGCGAGAGGGGGAGCUGAGAGCCAUGGCACGCAAGAUCCGCAUGAAGGAGCGGGAGCGAAGGGAGAAGGAGAGGGACGAGUGGGAGAGACAGUAUGGAAGACAGAGCCACUCCCCCUCCCCCAAAUACAGUCGGGACUACAGCUCAUCCAGAAGGAGGUCUCGUUCUCGCUCACGGAGUCCAUACUACCGGUACUAGAUACCCCUCACACCCCCCCUAAUUUUUUUCCUCCUCCUCUUCUUCCACCAUGCCUAUCUUCAUAGCCACCACCCUGCAGUAUGGCUGUUCUGUUCUUCCCUGUCUGUCCCUCAGAUAGGACAGCCAUUGGAGGGAUGCAGGGAUACAGAGUAGUUAUACGGUUCAAUACAGUUGAAAAUGUAACAGCUGAAGCCAACCUCUGCCAGCUUAUUUUGUUGGUUCUCACCACACACAUCAUCAUAAUCCAUAAUGCAAUGCUGCGGAGGCUGUACAGGGCAUUGUCCAGAGGUGUGUAGACAGUGGACUAUGAUACUCUGUGUACAGUAACUUCUGUGUCAAGCAACUUUUCAAUAUUUCAGUGUUUGUCUAUGAGCAACUGGCAGCCAAUUAAUUGUCAAAUGAAACAUGACAGGAUGCUUUUCUGGAAUGUGUGGUUUGCAACCUACUUCUUCCAUAUGGAAUAAACGGGAUAACGGUUAAGAGGCUAAUAGAGUAGAUUUUUUUUGCUUUCUUCCUCCUUGUAUCCUUAUUCUUCCCAGUAUAUGAUAUAAGGCCUGGACUGGUGAAUAUUUUGGAGUUCAGUUUUAUCAUAACAAUGAAAAUGAUCAAUUCUUGUAAAUAUUCAGUUCAAGUGUAAAAGGUGGUCUAACCUGGAGGAAGAAAUUAUAAAUAUAAAAGAAUAUUAUUGUCCAGAAUUUGUUUUGAUCUUUUUGUAUGCUGUCCCCCACCCAUCUACACCACACCACUGUAAAUACUGCAAUUUUACUGUUAAUUGUGACAGAAGUGAGUCACUUAUUUUUUGUGAUUUGUUCUAAGGAAACUCAAAUGAUUGAUGUCCAAAUAAAAUGCA